AUGCACGCUGUAUUUGCCGGAAUCAUGUUUCUCCGCCGGCACACUCCACCUCCACCUCCACCUCACUUCCACCACCCACCGCCAACCAUCCUCAACCACACGCCGCCGUCACCACCCCACUUCAAUCACCCACCACCAUCACCACCCCACUUCAACCACCCACCACCUCCACCCAUCUUCAACCAAACACUGCCGUCACCACCCCACGUCAACCACACGCCGCCGUCACCACCCCACGUCAACCACACGCCGCCGUUACCACCCCACUUCAACCACCCACCACAAUCACCACCCCACUUCAAUCAAACAGUACCACCAGCUCCACCCAACUUUAAACACACACCAUCACCCAUCUUCAACCACUCGCCACCGGCCAUCUUCAACAACACACCACCUCAUCAGUCACUACUUUCUAUUCUGACCGUCGGAAUAUUGGGGGCUAUUCUCGUAUGUGUUGUUUUCCUUAUAGUUGUCGUAGGGUAUUUGAUUAUGAGGUUGAGACAAGGUAAUGGAGGAGGUGCGCCGCCUGCUGGUAGUGAACGGCAGCCUCCGGUGCUUGUUGGUAGUGAACGGCCGCCUCCGUUGCUUGUUGGUAGUGAACGGCCGCCUCCGUUGCUUGUUGGUAGUCAACCGCCGCCUCCGGUGCUUGUUGGUAGUCAACCGCCGCCUCCGGUGCUUGUUGUCAACCGCCGCCUCUGUUGCUUGUUGGUAUUGCUUGUUGGUAGUCAACCGCCGCCUCUGUUGUUUGUUGGUAGUCAACCGCCGCCUCCAGUGCUUGGUGGUAGUCAACCGCCGCCUCCGGUGCUUGCUGGUAGUCAACCGCUGCUUCCGGUGCUUGUUGGUAGUCAACCGCCGCCUCUGUUGCUUGUUGGUAGUCAACCGCCGCCUCCGGUGCUUGUUGGUAGUCAACCGCCGCCUCCGGUGCUUGUUGGUAGUCAACCGCCGCCUCUGUUGCUUGUUGGUAGUCAACCGCCGCCUCCGGUGCUUGUUGGUAGUGAACAGCCACCUGGUGGUGGUCAGGGAGGUCCAGUGCUUGUUGGUAGUCCACAGGCAUCGGUAGGUUCGCAGCCUGUUAGUAGUCAGCCUAGUGGUGGUCUGGGAAGUCCGCCUCCGCCUCCGUUUGGAAAUCCGCCUCCAUCUCCGACUGUUUAUGAAUCUGAAGCUUCAUCAUGGAGUCUUCCGUAUGAAAGUAGUACUGAAUCAUGGCAACCGAUACAUUAUGCUGCGGAUGGCCUUCGGGCAGCUACAAACUCUUAUGCCUUUGAUAGGGUCCUUGGUGUAGGAGGUUUCGGAACAGUCUACCGGGGGGAAUUUUCUGGGGGAGUGAUGGUUGCCAUAAAAGUCCUAGGAAGACGUUUAGUUAUGGACAAUGUUUAUAAAACCGGACUGGACGUCGGACCGGCAUCCUUACCGGUUCACUGGUCGAACCGGCCGGAUCGGUCGAACCGGGUAUAA